GUUUGAAGGAUUCACAAAAAUGAACUCCUGAGAACAAGCUGCCGCCCGAGCAAACAAAACAAAACAAAAGUCGCGAGCCGGCGGCAACCGCAGCUGUCUAGUAGUUGCCGUUCCCCCUCUCUCCUUCCAAUCCAAUCCAAACCCGCGUCUUUGUCGCCGGGCGCAGCAGCCCAGCAGCCAGCAUUGGAGGACCCCACUUCCAGCGGCACCGAUGAUCCCCUUCUCCCUCCUCGCCGGCGCCCUCGUCCUCCUCGUCGUCGGCGCCACCGACGCUGCUCUGAACGGGUACCAGAUAAACUGCGGCGCGACGUCGGAGCAGGUCGCCGGGAACGUGACAUGGGUCCCCGACGGGCCGUUCGUCAGCUCCGGCAAGGUCGCGGAGCUCAGCUCCCGUGGGGUAAUGCCGAUGCUCUCCUCCCUCCGGUACUUCCCGGAUGCGUCCGCCAGGAAGCACUGCUACGUGGUCCCCGCGGAGCGGCACGCCAGGUACCUGGUCCGCACGACCUACUACUACGGCGGGUUCGACGGCGGGCGGGCCCCGCCGGUGUUCGACCAGGUCAUCGACGGCACGCGGUGGAGCGCCGUGGACACGGAGGCCGCCUACGCCAGGGGCCUCGCCACGUACUACGAGGCCGCGGUGGAGGCCGCGGGGAAGGAGCUCAGCGUCUGCCUCGCCAGGAGCGGCGGCACCGCGGCCGGCCGGAGCCCCUUCAUCUCCGCGCUCGAGGUGGUGCCGCUGGAGGGCUCCGUGUACAGCGCCGUCAACUUCACCGCCUACGCGCUCAGCACCGUCGCGCGCCACAGCUUCGGCCGCGGCGGCUCCGUCGUCGGCUACCCAGGUGACCGUUUCAACCGGUACUGGGAGCCGUACGGCGACGGGAGCACCCCGGUGGUGGAGAGCCAGGCGAGCGUGGCCACGGAGGCGUUCUGGAACAAGCCCCCGGAGGCCGUGUUCCGGCAAGGAUUGACGGCGAGACGAGGCAAGAGCCUGGACCUCCAGUGGCCGCCGGCGCCGCUCCCCGCCGCGAGCUACUACCUGGCGCUCUACUUCCAGGACAACCGGGCGCCGAGCGCGCUCAGCUGGAGGGUCUUCGACGUCGCGGUCAACGGCCAGCUGUUCUUCGCCGGCCUAAACGUCUCCACGGCGGGGUCCAUGGUGUACGGCGCCCCGUGGCCGCUGUCCGGGCAGACGAGGAUCACGCUGACGCCGGCGCCGGACUCCCCAGUCGGGCCGGUGAUCAACGCGGCCGAGCUCAUGAUGGUCGUUCCCCUCGGAGGGAGGACGCAUCCCAGAGACGUCAUCGGCAUGGAGGCGCUGGCCAGAGGAUUUCUGAACCCGCCGUCAGACUGGAGAGGCGAUCCUUGCCUCCCCAAGGGGACCUCAUGGACUGGUGUCACCUGCAACGAAGAUCCACUUGCAAGAGUAAUCGCUAUCAACCUCACAAAUUACAGAGUUGGAGGAUCAAUAUCUGACCACAUUGCCAACCUGACUGCAGUCUCCAGCAUUUGGCUUGUGGGGAACAAUCUAACCGGGCCUAUUCCAGAUAUGAGCCCCCUGCAUCAUCUAGCCUCUUUGCACCUGGAGGACAACGGACUGACAGGCCCGCUCCCGGAAUCGCUCGGAAGCCUAACGAGACUUCAGGAACUGUCUGUGCAGAACAAUAACCUGCAAGGGUCAAUCCCAAGCAGCAUAAGGAACAGAGCGAUGGGGGACAUUAGCUUCAGGUUCAAGUACACACCUGGGAACAACCUUAGCUAACAGUAACACAAAAGACAAAAUUAUUUGACUGGUGAUCUUAUAUCGCUGUGUUUCUUUUCGUACUCACUUUCUGGCACUUCAGACAUUUUUGUUCUUUCUUUUUCUUCUUUGUUUUAUUUUUACAUCUGUAUGUACCGUCAAGAUGUAAUUUUAUUUUUAUUCGAGUAACAGUGUAAUUUUUUGUUCAUAGAGAAACAAAGAGUGAAUUUUCUUAAAUGAGGAAAACAAGAAGGCUAUUUACUUAGACUAA